AUGUGGAGUGCACGGUCUUCGGGAUCUGCCGCGCGGUCGUCAACCAAUUUUGGUAGUGAGGUUGGUUCCAGUAUGGCGAACGAUGCAGGAGUUGUUGGGUCUGUUGGGGCGAGAGGACCUGUGGCGUCUUCGCGCCGAAGCAGCAGCAAAGCGGGUGACGGGGGCUCGCGUCCCCGAGUUGUACGCUAUGCCGAAGCGGAGGAGGAAGGCGAAGAGGGGCCAGUAGUGGUUACGCGUAGCUUGCGGGCGUGGACGAACCACUUGAAAGCGCGGCUUCGGCGCAUCUCAGACCUGAUGGAGCCACACGAAGUGCGAGCGCUGUCCAGUGUGCGUGCGUGUGCGCGAGAGGCUGGCGUUUCAACAGGAAAUCGGGAUGCUUCGCUGUCGCCAAGCCAGAAAAUUUCGAACCUGCGACGUGCGAUGGAGGCCAAGCAGGCGAAAGAGCGGCGAGCAUCGGAUCUUGCCGCUUUCAGUGACAUCAUUGACGACCCUGAUAAAAGUGAGAACAUCAAGCGAUUCCUUCUACAAGAGGACGAUACCACGUCGACGCCUGCUAGGCGAGAAGUGCCCACAGCAAGCGAAUUCGCAGACCUGUUAGACGAGCAGGGCACUCGUGAUGGACGUGGCCGCUUUACCACCUCACCUUACGCGUCGGAGUCGUUGCGCAUCUCCUCUGCGAGCGCAACUGGAGGGAUUCGUAUGCCUUUUGGCUUGCGAAGGUCGGUCUCCUCUCUGGGACAGACCGAGGAAGCUCAGGGACGGCAAGUACAGGGGGAAGUAGAUGAAACUGAGCGAAUCUUGCGGGAGGUUCAGCAAGAUCUGGAACGCGCUACGCGAAAAGCCAAAUUGUCCAUUCAGUCGAACAUUUCGCUAGUGUCCUUCUAGCACAAAUCAGAAGUCAUCGUCGAAUUACUUUCUAAUAGUCGUGCGGGUCUAACUAAAGCAUGAAUUCAUGGCUUCCCCGAUUUCCAAGGUGCAGUGGUAAGAUGCCAAUUGUUAUCAUUUGUACAAAUAAGGCGCGCUCUCUAAUGAAGAUUAAAGAUCGGUUUUGCCAAAUUGAUACUACCAAGUAUUCAACUAAUGAAAAGUCUUCGUUGUCGUUGACUAGCCAAAGAACGACUGUCUGCGACAGCUAGUGGCUAUUCUCAGUUUAUUCCGUCAAAGUGAUCGAUAGUAGUUGUAACCCGGAUACGAGCAAAAUUCGUGCUAGCUGUCCUAUCUUCAGCACCAACGAGCGCGGUAACCUUAAACAAUUUUUUCCCAUCAAUUCGCGUAUUCUUGAUCCGAAAUCUAUACGCAAGAGC